AUGAUAACAUCAAGAAAGCAAAAGCUUCUUCACUGCUUUUGCUUGAUUGUUUCUGUAGUAAUAAUUGCGCACCAAUACUUCAACUAUAAACAUCCGACCACUAGGUCUUACCAUAGCGAUGUUAGUACUUAUCGAAUGCCACGUGACGAUGAAAGCUUUCUCUCUGACUGGUGCCGUCUUCAAAGAUCGCGCGUGGACUGGGAAGGAUUAGUUUCAAGCUGCCGCCGUAAGAUGGCAUGGAAAGACAGAGAAUUAAAUCCUACAAACCGAACUGAUGCAAAGAAAAGUUUUAUUUCCAGAUUGGAAAUAAAACCUCAAGGUUAAUAAUUAAUUAGUACUGUGUUUAAUUUUUUAUCCUUACUUAAAUCGCAAGUGCUGGAAGAAAUGUUCGCUGCUUUCCUCUCACUGGUAAAAGUGAGUCAAAUGGUCAUAUCAUAUCAUUUGUGAUAGAAUUAGCUACAUGAGUCGUACAUAACUGACGGUUACACUGUGGUACAACUGACGUAAUUUUUUCAUAUGGCAUUGCAUUCCUGCAGAGGAUAUACAAUUUUAUUCUAUGUAUAUAAUUAGCUUUUUACAUUAAAUUAGCUACAACUUUCGACCAAGAAACCCAACCAUCUGACUCCCUAUUCUGGGAGCUGCUCAGCUUAUUUCUAGACCAAAACUUCUCGUGAGAAACUUCAUUCUGGUCGACCAGUUUUAAUGGCAGAUGAUAGGAACUCGUCAUCAUCAUCAUCAUCAUCAUUAUGUUUACUAUUAUCAUUAUCGUUCUCGUUAUCAUCAUUUAUAUUAUUACUAUUGUAUUAAUACUUAUUAAAAGUUAUUAUUUAUCAGUUUUUCGUUAACGUCAGGGGAAUUCAGCCGUUUCUUUAUCCAGUCUGUGACCAGCGAUGGAAACCUCAAGAGAACUGGAGGCGAUUCAUGGAGGGUGUACAUUAGACGAGGCCCAGCAUCCCUUGCGCCCAUGGUAACAGACAAUGAUGAUGGAACAUAUGAGGUCAUGUUCCUUGCGCUGGAGCCUGGGAACUACUCAGCCCAGGUAUUCCUUGACUACACGCUCUGUGAAGGUUUCAGAGACCCACCGGAGGAUUGGUUUAUCAGAGGUAACUUAGUGGUGAAUCACACAAAAAAUUAGGCAACAAUUGAUUAAUGCCAGGUACGUUUAGCUGCAUGUCCUUGGACCGUUGAAGAUGCGUAGAACGAUGCUCAGAUAGGGAUUACAAAACACUCCGGGUUGAUGAGUUUGCCCUAGCUGCUAGGUUGAAGGUUUAACGAUUUAAAAGGCGUCAAGGUCGAAAAUGGACUAAUCAGUUGUUUUUUUUUUCUGCUAUGACGUCAAAAUUACGUUAUGCCGCAGUUUUUCAAAUGAUGAAUGGCGCUAUCUACUGGACCAAUCACCAUCCAGCGGAUAAGUAUUAUGGUAAAAAUUGCGCUAUCCAGUGGAUAGACUUUUAUCCACCCGAGAGCGUUGUCCUUUUUUUAACAACUGGGGGCCUGGACUACAGGAAGGCCUUACGGUACGGAAAAACGGGCAACAAAAAACGUGCAACUCGUUUUGCAUCAUUGCUGCAGAACUAGCUGAAUAGCGAUGUUGCGCAUUUUACCACCCACAUAAAACCUGUUAACAACCUGAUUUGUUGCCAGACAGGUUUUAUGUGGGUGGUAAAACGCGCAACAUCGUUAUUUAACUCGUUUGGCAGCAAUGUUGCGAGACAAAUUGCACGUUUUUGUUGCCUUUUUUUCCGUACCUUUAGAUCGGACAACUAUUUCCAGGUCCUAUUUGGUCCUAUAUUUGCACUUGGUGCAAAAAUAGAAACACAGUUAUCAUCAAAUUAUGUAUCGUCAUUUAUAAGUCAUUUACUGAAAUACAGCUUAGUAAAGGUAAGGGUUUUCCCAUUUACAUGCAUUAUCAGAUUAUAUUCAUUCUUUGGGUUGAGACGCGUCAAAAUAAUGCCAAAAAAGUAACUCAGUUAUUAUAAUAAAUUCACUUUGUUGUUAUUUUGUAGGUAAUAUUCAUGGCUAUGAGCAAGAGCAUGGUAUCCUUGGAGAUAUCAGUAUCGAUUACAUUAACUCGCCUUUGCAAAGUGGAAAAUCUGUAAAUAUUUAUAUCAAGGAAUCAAACAAAACAAACGGUAAGAAUAACUUUUGUUUGUUUGUUUGUUUGUUUGCCGUUAUUGUUGUUGUUGUUGUUGUUGUUUUCUGUUUUUUCCUUUUUUGCCAAAGAAUCGGAAAGGAGAAAUCAAUAGCCUGAAAUUAUGCAUGUCAGUAAGUGAGUCACUAGAGGUAACUUUUGUCUCUGCAAUAAAGUAUUUAUCGUGGAAUUCAAUAGUAGGCUCUGACAAGCUAAGGGGGUGGACCAUUGUAAAGUCGUGACGGGGGUGGGGAAUUUUCGUGCUCCAUAAAUAUUUAAAGGAGUUUUUUUGGUACUGUCUGACACAACGUUAAGCCUAAUAGACCUCAUUCAAGAUUCCUGUGAUCUUUGCAUGCUCUUAAGGACUGAUAGGAUAAAACGCACUGGUUUUUCAGGGGUCAAACAAGUGAUAAAAUUUACCAAUGUAAGAAAAAAUUGCAGUCGAGAUUGUGCGUUCUCGCGAGACUCGCUUCGCUAGCUCAAAUAGGAGAGCUUGCUCGCAGGCUAAACAGAAAUUUAUUGAAGAACUUCAAUCUUAUCUUAAAGACGAUCAUAAUGGCAAGGUAUGGUUAGAAGUCAUCUUUGAUCAUUUUUUGGAUCCCACAGCGGUGACGGUAGUUGUCACCACAGAAAGUGAAUGACGUAAAAUCUAUCGAAGGUCGGACCAUGGAUAACAGAAAGACGACUGGCCAGUCUUUCUAUUAUCCAUGCUCGAACUGCACAUUUUUCAAGACUAAAAUCGCAGUCUCGUGUUUAAAGAAUAAAAAAAUUCGACCGCGAUCACUCUUGUUAGCAAGUGUUAUCACUUCCUCUGAAAUACCACGUGACAUUACUUUUAUCCAAUCGAUACCAAAGCAUGUGCAAAGAUGGUGGAUAUCAUGAAUAAGGUUUCCUAAUUAAUAGAGUAGUUGUAAAAGAUUGACGCUGAUGAAAUGUCUACAUGGAUAGACGCUCGUUUGAGAUAAUUCUUUCAAAUGUGAAGUAAUUAAGUAAUAUGAAAAUAAGCACUUCGUGAAAACAAAGUGGCUCGCGUCCUGCCAUCCGUUACCGAACGUGUUCCCAAAAAUGGAAAGAAGCAAACAGAAGAGAGUCAUUUCUAAGUGUUUUAAAUCUAUUCUAAAAGCUUUUGCCCUUCUCUGCGUUUGUUUGGGUAGCUGUCAUCGUUCAUGUUUGCCAACUCAACAGGCUUCUACAGUUACAAUCAACGGUUAAGAAAAGGAUCUGGUGACACAUCUUUGUCAAAAUUAUCGUGCAACGUCGAUUGUUCUUUGCUGUGGGAUGGCUUUGGACGAUGGAUCAAAAGGAAAUGGAAUCUAUACAUCCCUGAAGGUCACUAACUUUAGUUUACAAUCUCUACUAGAUAGAUGCAAACUAAAAAUAAAAUGACGUGCUGUUCAUACAAUGCAAUUCUCCCACACAGUGUUUCCACUGAGUAAAAUCAUUCGUCAACAUACAAUUAUUUUAUGACAUUAAAUACUUCACAUCAAAAUUAAAGUGAUUGCCCUGUAAUCGAAACAUUGUUGGAUGUCCUCUUGCUUUAUAAAAGGAUCGGCAAACCGUUUGAGUUCUGAGACAGUUUGCGAUAUCCUCAAAAACUGUCCAACGUGCCAUUUAAUUCACUGUUUCUUUGGUAGCCUGGGAGAGGCGUUUUACGAAAGAGAGUGAAGACAUCGGGCGAGCGUGGGUGCGCCUUUUGAUUUCUCACGCACUUAAGCUCCUCAGCAGGGUAUUUUUUUUUAAACGAGUACUUAUCCCCCAGGUGUUCAGUACCCUCGGAAGAUGCGUAUGAGUUUUAAGCUAAUGGGAAAAUUGACAACUCUUCAUUGACACCCAUGAACACUAGUAAUUAUUUUUAUUUUUUCUACUGGAUUAUUGUAACUGUAAGUAUCACUGAAGAUAACUUGUUUUCCUCUUCAGAGGAUCUGACCAAGAGGUACCAUUACCAGGCCAAGAGCAAGAGACUCCAGACGCUCUGUGUUUAUGGAGAUUCCAUGGGUGUUCACUAUCAUAAACUUGCCAAGUCGCGGCCACUUUGCAAAGAGAUGUUUCUUGAAUGUAAUAAUAAAUACAUGUGGAUUUACGAUGUGAGUUUCAAAACAUAUAGUAGACAUGGGUUAUACCUUUGAGGCAGUUAAGGCAAAUGCAGUUAUUAUGAAAACAACUUUCAGAGCCGGAAUCAUAUUACUGGACUGUGUUUACGUCCUUAACCAGUCUGUCCAUAACCUGUCCAGCCUGACGGCUUGGCGUGUCUUGGGGAGGUCGCGGAUUCAUCCGGGACCAGACAAAUACCCAGGGUCGUAAACGAAAUAUCUGUAGAAUGAAUGUAUUGCCUCCCUUAGCUCCCUCUCCUACCGUUUUCUGAUUCGACCUCGGUUCAAUUUUCGCGGCGCGGCUGUAUCUUUUAUUUUUGAUAUGGGACCACUACGCAGGCUAAUUGACGGACAAAAUUAAGUGCGUGUACCCGUUAUCCCUCUCAAUACUGAGGGAUUAAAUCUCUGAAGUCUUUGUUAGAUAUUAAAUUAUAUUUUGAUAUUAUAUUUCGCCUCAUUUAAGGCUGAAUGGAGAGGAGACGACGGUAAUGAUUUCAACCAAACUAUUAUCCUUGAAGAGAUCAAGCAAAUCCUUACAAGACCUGAGAUGACUGGAAAUCAUAGCGUGUUCUUCUUCAACGUUGGUAUUCAUUAUUCACUGGUGCUUAACUUCACGACCUAUCGUAGGUUGAUACAAUCCCUGAUUACUUUGCUAAAGCGGGAUAGCCUGGGCAGUAAAGCAUUACAGAUCUGGAGGAGCAGUACAGCAAUUGAGAGAGAACAUUUAAAGAAGCUGUAUGCAGGAGACAACUUAACUAAAUGGAGAUUCCAUACAAGUCCGGUAGUCUCCUUUUUUUCAUUCACCGAGUACUGUAAAAAAGUAGGAUGGGAGUUUAAAUUUCCUCUUAAUAUCGGUCAUUUUCUCCCCUCAUUGUACUGAAAAGAUUAGAGUUUUAAAAAAAUGCAUCAAAAUAUUCAUAUUACCUUCAUACUUGGUCACUUUUGAGGAUAUGUAAACUGAACGUGCGUGCAGCUAAAAGUUGUCGGUUCGUAACUCCCUCUUCAAGUUUCAGAUAACUGUACUUUUCUUUAUAUAUUGAUUUUGUAGUGAGUAGUUAAAGGGGUUUUCAGUCAAUUAUUUGAAACCCAAAAUCAAAAGUUGAGAAAAAAGUUGAAACAAGCAAACAAACGUAUAGAAACCUCAAGAUACCUUUCGGUGCGUCAUUUUAUUAGCUGGAGGUUAAGCGUUUUUCCUGUAUUGUGAUGUCGAGACUAACGCUGUUUAUAAGUGCAGUGCUCCAUUUACCGGUAUAUAUUUUUCUUUCUUGUUCUUGCAGAGGGUGCAGCUGUUUAAUAAAUUUGCCACUUGGGAAAUGUGCAUGGCUGGAAUUCCUGUUCUUGAUAUUUAUCCGCUGACCGCUACAUGGCCGCACGGCACCCGGGAUCAUAUCCAUUAUAGCGAUGACGUAAUUGAGCCUGCAGUCCUUGCCUUAGAACGUUUUCUUUCUGAACGCUUUCAACAGUUAUGUCUACUAUAA